CUCUUCAAUGUCUCAGCAGACUGUACCCCGCACCCCCUCUUCUCUUUCCUAUAGCACUGAAGUCUGGAAUAGCCUGACAACGGGGCAGUGAGGAAUGCGUGCGGUCCAGGGACGGUUUUUUCCCACGGUGACGGGGCACCGUUGUGUUUUGAUGUAAAAUUCAAAAAAAGUUGUCAAUGGAUUUUUUUCCACGUAAAUAAAAAAAAAAGUUAAGAAGAUUUCUUCCUCAGAAUUUUGUGCAAAUGGAGCAAAAUUUUAUCCAGCCUCCGGGAUGUGAAGGCGAUCCUCCGACAGCAGAGCAGAUUCUUCACAACAUUGAUAUACCCACUAGCACGCUAUAUGGAGUUCUAACGAUGAUGACUGUUCUGGGAAAUCUCGUGUACCUCGAAGAAAUCGUGUAUUUAUUGAGUAAAACACCCUUCUCUUACAAAAGGACGACUUACAUCUGGAUCACUGGGGCGCCACCGGUCAUAGCAGCCACUUCCUGUAUUGGGCUGUGGAUACCUCGCUCAACCAUGUUUACAGACUUCACUGCAUCCAUCUACUUCACAAUCUGUAUCCAUAAGUUCCUGGUGAUGAUGGUGGAGGAGUAUGGUGGAGAUGAGGCCUUCAUCCACAGGCUGCAUGGAGUUCCUAUGAAGAUCAGCACGGGCCCCUGCUGCUGCUGCUGCCUGUGUCUACCUAACAUACCAAUGUCCAGGAAGACUUUAACUGUUCUGAAGUCUGGGACACUGCAAGCAGCUCUCCUGAGACCCAUCUUGCUGUUUUUUGCCACAGUUCUGUGGACUAAUGGAAACUAUGAACAGGGAAAGAUGAAAGUUGAUGGCGCUUUCCUCUGGAUAACUAUUCUCUCUGUUGCUGCAUUCAUACUCUCACUCUGGCCAAUAGGGAUUCUCUUCAACCAAGCAAAGUCCAACCUUUCUAGCCACAACAUAGUACCCAAGUUUGCUUUAAAUCAGAGUGUUCUUAUUCUGACCCAGGCUCAGGGUGGGAUCAUUAACUUGCUGGUCAGCACGGGGACCAUUGUGUGCGCAGCCCCCUUCUCAGCCAGAGCCAGAGGAGCAUUUAUGCAUCAGCAGCUGCUGGUGAUGGAGAUGUUCAUUCUCAUUCUAGUGUCACGCUGUUACUACAGGCGGCAGUACCACCUGAACACAGAAGAGGGGUGUCCGCCCCAGUGCCAGGAGCAGGACAAGCUCAAGACUCACGCUAACGGGGGAGUCGUCCUUCUCACAAAGCCUGUGAUGGUGUCACAACAAAAGGUGUAACUAACGUGACUCUGAAGUAAAAUUAAACAAAACUAGAUGGUAACUUUACAAGUAAAGUUGUGGGGCUUGCUUUAUUGGGAAAGUGGUCAAAGUAGCUGAUUUGUGUCAAAAGUCACAUUGCUUACUAAUUGUCUCAUGCUAAGAAUGUGCUAGAAUUUGAAAUUUCUCAAAGUUCUAUGACAGUUAAUUCAACAGUGGGAAGUAGCCUACUGAAAGUUGAUGCGGUUACUAAAACAGCUGUACCUCUUGAUUGGUAGACGCCAUUCCCGUUUUGAUUUCAUACUUGAAUAGCUGAGAAGUAGAGUAAUAUUUCAUUUGCUCUAAGUAGUCUAACUUGUUGGGAAAGUGGUCAAAAUUUCAGUUGUU